UAUUGCUACUUCCCAUCCUCUCUUCUCUCUGCAAAUAUUAUAUGGACAACCCACACCACCGUGAAUUCACCUUCUUAGACUCCGGCCACCGCAUAGAUCCUCCAAUCAAAGAAAUGGAUUUCUUCUCUUCAUCACGUAAAGACAAUAAUAUUAACAAUAACAAUGAUACUAAUGAUCAUCGUCAGAACCACCUUGAUCAGGAUCAUCACCAUGCCAACAUCACCAACCGUCCAUCGCCCACACGUGUCACUCAUCAGCCCAUAAACACUGGGCUGAAUUUAACGUGUGCAAGUGCUGGAGUUUCAAAGGCAGAAAAUGGUGAAAAUCAUGAAACUGAGCUCAUGAGUUCUCUUGAAAGUGAAUUGCGGAGACUACAAGAAGAGAAUCGCAAGUUGAAAACUGUGCUGGACCAGAUCACCAGAGGCUAUACCCAACUACAAGCUCAACUGUUCAUAGCUUUGCAGAAACAAAAGCCUCAUCAGAAUAUUGAAGGAAAUGGGGUGAUGUCGGGACAAAAAAUAGUGGAGGCAGGUCCAUUAACCAAGUUAGACGUGAAUGAUGCAUCGGUUUCGGAUGAAAAGACUGAUUGUGAGGUAUCUGUUUCUCGUUCGAACAACGCGGAGGUAAUGUCAAAGGAGGAUGACCCUCAUUUGACUAUACUUAAUCUUGGAAAACAGGCUUGUCCUGAUGCUUCAGAAGAUGUUCUUGACCGCUCCUCAUCCCAGAGUUGGGGUUCAUCCAAGUUUGAAGAACAGCCAAAAACUCCUCAACCUGAUCAGAUUCCUUUCAGAAAAGCCAGGGUUUCCGUACGUGCAAGAUCAGAAGCUCCCCUGAUUAGCGAUGGAUGUCAGUGGAGAAAAUACGGGCAGAAAAUGGCCAAAGGUAAUCCUUGCCCUCGUGCCUACUAUCGAUGCACUAUGGCAGUAGGAUGCCCAGUGCGCAAGCAGGUGCAAAGAUGCGCAGAGGACAAGACUGUGUUGAUAACAACAUACGAAGGCAAUCAUAACCAUCCAUUGCCACCAGCUGCCACUGCCAUGGCAAGCACCACGUCAGCAGCUGCAGCCAUGCUGCUAUCAGGUUCAACACCGAGCAAGGAAGCGCAAACAAACUCUGCAGGAUAUUUCUCUUCACUUCCCUAUGCUUCAAUGGCAACCCUAUCAGCUUCUGCACCAUUCCCAACCAUCACUCUAGACUUGACUCAAACCCCUAAUGCCAUGCAACUGCACCGAGUACCAGGCCAUAGUGUCACGUUCCCUUUGCCAUUGCAUGCGCCUUCUGGUCCUCAACUUCUAGGGCAUCCCUUGUUGCUCUCACAAAAGCUACCACCUCCAGCAUUGCCUCUACUCCAACGACAACCUUCAACUAUGGUCGAAACGGUUAGUGCAGCCAUAGCUUCGGACCCAAACUUUACUGCAGCUUUGGCGGCAGCGAUAUCCUCAAUCAUUGGUGCGCCUAGAGGGCUCAGUGAUGGUAAUAACAAUGUUGGUAACAAUGGAAAUGCUGUUAUUCCUGGUUCACCACAGCUUCCUCAGUCAUGCACAACUUUCUCCACCAAUUAAUUAGUUAUUAUGUGAAUUUUGAGCAACUAUAUACUAUUUCUGUGUAUAUACAGAAAAGAGAAGAUUAGGCUUGCGCGCGGUUUACUUUUUUUUAUUAUUAUAUUUAUGUAAAACAGUCACCUCUGAGUGUAAGACUAUAGAAAAUCGUUUGAACGGCACCCUUCAAUUUGCAGGAGCACGUUGAUCUUUC